AAGAUCCGGCCAGUCAGUCAUUCAUCGUGGACGAGUGCAGAAGGUCAUCUCGGCAAUAUACACUUAGCUAUCUGCUUCAUUCGUUUCUAUUAAGUUAGACAGUGAUGACGAUAUAAUUAGUGACAAAAAUGUAUAAACAAACUGUGGUAAUAUUUUUAUUGUGUUUUUUUAUAUGUGUCUCGUGCUACGAAGUGCCACCGGCAAAGUUAGAGGCGAUAUGGCCUAAAGGUCUGAGGGUUUCACUGCCAGAUGAUGGCUACUCACUCUUCGCGUUUCAUGGAAAACUCAACGAGGAAAUGGAAGGUCUGGAAGCCGGUCAUUGGUCUAGAGACAUCACCAAGUCCAAAGGUGGUAGAUGGACCUUCAACGACAAGCAGGCCAAGUUGAAGAUUGGAGACAAGAUAUACUUCUGGACUUAUGUGAUAAAAGAAGGACUAGGGUAUCGGCAGGAUAAUGGAGAAUGGACUGUUACAGGUUACGUCGACGAGGCUGGAAAUCCAGUGGCACCUACAUCCCAGCCCGACGCUGUGGUCACUGAACCCCCAGCCGCUAUCACCCCAGCCACCGCCAUAGUCACCAAUCCUCCCACCUCCCAGAAUACUUAUCCUUGCGAAAUAUCUGUAUCCAUGGUGUCUGUACCCGGCUUUGUCUGCAAAGGACAGCUGUUAUUUGAAGAUAAUUUUAACAAAGGUAUCGACAAAGGCAAUAUUUGGACGACAGAAAAUAUGUUUCCUGGUGAACCGGAUUAUCCAUUCAACGUAUAUUUGUACGAUAAUGUACAUGUGAGAGACGGCAAAUUGAUUAUUACGCCAACAACACUCGAGUCUAAGUACGGCGAAGAUUAUGUGAGACAACAGCUGGAUUUGACGCAGAGAUGUACAGGUACAAUAGGGGCAGCUGAUUGUACGCGUGUAGCGUCCGGACCCAUAAUCUUACCCCCAGUCAUAACUUCCAAGAUCAACACCAAGAAUAGGUUCAGCUUUAAAUAUGGAAGAGUGGAGGUCAGGGCGAGAAUGCCGACUGGUGACUGGUUGAUACCAGAAAUCCUGCUGGAGCCUCGCGAUCGUAUUUACGGUAUUCAUAGUUACGCAUCAGGACUGUUGCGAGUCGCCUGCGUCAAAGGAAAUGUGGAGUACUCCAAAACCUUAUAUGGCGGUCCUAUACUGUGCGAUUCAGAACCCUAUAGGAAUGUUAAUCUUAAGCAAAAAAUUGGAUUUGACCAUUGGAAUAAAGAUUUCCACAACUAUACAUUAGAAUGGAGGCCUGAUGGUAUAUCCCUUUUCGUUGACGGAGAAAAAUAUGGAGAUGUGACACCACCGACAGAUGGAUUUUAUGGUGAUGCGAAGAAAGAGAAUGUCCAAGCAGCUUCGCAAUGGCUGAAAGGGACGUCUAUGGCUCCCCUCGAUGAUUAUUUCUACAUCUCCAUUGGAUUAGACGUGGGUGGCGUCCACGAGUUCCCCGACAGCUCCACUAAACCCUGGCAGAAUAAGGCCACGAAAGCCAUGCUCAACUUUUGGAACAAUCGCGACCAGUGGUUCCCAACCUGGUUCAAGGACACUAGCUCAUUACAAGUCGAUUAUGUUAGGGUCUAUGCAUUAUAGGAUGUAAAUAUUUUAAAAUGUGAUGUGAUUAUUUUUCAAUAAAUAUCUUUAUAUUUAAGUACAAAA